AGCAGCGAGGGCAACACUGGCCAGCCAGCAGGAGGCGGCGUGUACGGUCUGUCUGACGCUGCAUCAUCAUAAAAGUUGACUUUACUUUGUGAUAAACCAAUUCUAACUAAUGGAUACCGAGUGUGAGAUUGUUGGUGAGGUGAAGUUGUCACCAAGCCCCUUAAGAAAACAACUGAUACAGACACGUUUACCAUUUUCUCCCUUGGAUUCAAAGACGCCACAGAAGACAAAGAGCCCCACCAAUAAAAAAAAACGUAGACUCUCAGACUCUAACAUUCCAGUGAAGUCGCCCAAAACACCUCGUAGCGAGAACAAGAAAGGCAAACCCUCAUCUGAUAAGAAGCCCCUCAAGCCAAGCAGGAAGCCUAAUGAAGGCAAGGCUGCUAGGGAGAAAGAGGAGACUACCCAAAGGAACAGGAAGAGGACAAGAAUUACAUCAAAAGCCAAGUCAGAUGGUCAUGAAAGUGAUAAAUUAAGCAAACUUGGUUGUCGGAUGACGUCAGAUGAUGAAGUCAGCUCCAGUGUGGAUGAUGAGGUUGAAGUUCCCAAAGCUAAAAAGAAACCUAUUGAGAAGACCAGAAAGCUUCUGUCUGCAUUUCUUGGAAAGGAACCUACUCAGCAAGCUGAGAUAUCUACUUCCACCGUGGAUCCACUGGAUGAGGAGGCAAAUGAAAUAACAAAGAGUGAGAAAAGCGGGAAUGAAAAUGGCUCGUUGCAUGAAAGUGAGGAAAUUGAGAUUAGUGACAGAAAAGAAGGGCAGGAGAAGGUGAUUAAGAGUGUGGAGAAUCCUAAUAUUUUGAAGGAUGAAGAACUUGCAGAGACAGGUAUUGAGAAGGUGGAAGAAGCCAAGAAAACAACCAAAUAUGAGACAAAAGAAACCGAGAUUAAUGACGGUAAAGAAGUAACGGCGAUCAACACGAGUGCUGAGGAGAAUCCUGAUAUUUUGAAGGACAGUGAAGUAACAGAGAUAAGCAUUGCAAAGGUAAAGAAACCGGCCAGAGAUGAGACAAAGGAAAAGAUUUUAGAAGAAGAAACUGUAGGUAAAGAUGAAAAAAUGUUAGCCUCUAAGACUGUUACAAAAAGGUCUAAUGCUGGAACUAAAAAGAUAGUAGUAAAGUCUAGUAAAAAGGGGACAGAUUUAGCGGAAGAUAAGAAGAAAACAGUUUCGCUGGAAAAGACGAAAAAAGAAGUGAAGUUUGACUUUUUUGGAAAGCAGCGAAAGAAAGGUAGAGAAAGGAAAGUGAAUAAAGUUGGAGUGAAGAAACUAAACAAGAGUGAAUUGAAAAAGUCUGAAAUUAAAGAAAUAAAAUUGAAAGAAAAUAAGGAUAUUGAAAAUCCAAAGGAAAACAAAGAUCAGGAAGAAACGUGUGAAAAAGAUCAGUUUACCAAGAAUGAGAUGGAAAAGGCAAAGCCAACAAUGGGUAAAGGAAUUGAAAUAAAAAGGAGCGAAGAACAUGAGGAACACAAGAUAGAGACAGGGAAUAUUGAUAAAACUGAGGAAGAAAAUGAGAAAUUAGUGAGGCAGGAAGAAAAGCAGCAUGAGGUAACAGAGAAGUUGGAAAUUAGUAAGGGAAAGGAAGUCAAUGAACCAGAAGAGAGAGCACCUAAAAUGGCAUUAAAGGAUGAUACAAAUAAAAUGGUGGAAGAUAACGUUUUGCGGGAAACAGGUGACGUGAAGAAUGCAAGAAAUACAGAUGAAAAGGAGGAAUGUGAGGGAAAGAGAGAAAAGCAAGAAAUUAACAAAGAAAAGGAGGAAUCUGUGGGGGAGAGAGAAAAGCAAGAAAGUAGCAAAGAAGAGGAGGAAUCUGUGGGGGAGAGAGAGAAGCAAGAUAUGGCCAAUGAAGAAGAAAAGCCUGUAGGAAAGCAAGGCAAAAGCAAGUCACAUGAGAAGGAACCCACAGUCAUGAAACAAAAACAAGAAAAGAGCAAAAGUGAAGUAAACAAUAAACCAAGAAUGAAAACAGAAGAGGACGAGAGCAAAAAAGAAAAAGCAGUGUGUGUUGGAGAGUGUGUGGAGCAAGAGAGGGAAGAGGCUGCUGGUGUGGACUCUACACUCAAGACAGGUAAAGAGGAUGAUAACGUGAGUGAAACUGUAACAGACAACAUAAAAGAAAAAAGUGAGACGAAUGAAGACUGUGAAAUAGAAGGGCUUGACAAAGAAGCAGAGAAAAUAGAAACAGAGGAAAUAAGAGAGGAGGAGGAUGAGGAAGUCGACACAAAUCUCAAGGUGAAGAAAGUGAUAGAGAAAGAAGGUGAUGGAGCAAGCUGUAAAGCAGGCGAAGAAAAGAUUACUGAAGAAGCAACGGUAAAUCCGAUUAAAGGAGGAAAAAAUGAGACUGGAAAUAAAAAAUGUAAUACAAUAAAAGAAAAGGGCUGGCCAAAUAGAGAUAAAUCUGGGAAUGAUAACCAUGGAAAAGCUGUGGCUAAAAAAGUGCAAGCCAAGAAAAUAACUUGUUACCUAAGCUCGGUUAAAAGUUCACCAAGAGGUGUAAUCGAAAAAAGUAAUUUUAAAGGUGAAAGUAAGGAAAGGGAAAUGGAACAGGGAAAUAAAAUUGUUGAAGUAUUAGAGAAUGUAGACAAUAAAACGGAACAAGAAAAACAAAGUGAAACACUUGAUGUGGAUAAAUUGGAUGAAACAAAUGAUGAUGAAGAUUCAGAUAUGGAAGUCACAGAGGACGCCGAUUCUAGCUCAGAAGUAUUGUGCACGGAUACGAAGUGUUUGCCCCCCAAUUCCAAAACUAAUUGUUUAAAACAAAGGAAGUUAACUCCAAAACAAAAGGAGAGAGAAGCAGAAAGGCAGUUGAAGAAAGAUGAGAGAGACAAGAAACGACUGGAGAGGGAAAAAAAGAAGCAGGAAGAAAUAGCUGAAAAGGAUCGAAUAAAAAAAGAAAAGGAAGAAGAAAGACUGAAGCUAAAAGAAGAAAGAGAGAAGAUGAAGGAUGCUAAACGGCAGAAAAGGGAGGAAGAACAGCAACGCAAGGAAGAAGAGAAAAAGCAGAAAGAGGAGGCCAAGAAGCAAGCCGAAGAUGAGAAACAAAAACAAAAAGAUUUACUGAAGAAUAAAUUUGUCAGUUUCUUUGUUGCUAAAAAGCGUGAAACUGGUGAAUCUGAAGAAUGUGAAAACGGACCUUUCAAACAGUUUCAAGUGAAAGAGGUCAUGCGGCUAGCUCCAGUUAACAGAAAGCAUCUCACCGAAGAGCAGCAAUUAAUUUUAGACAAUUAUUUAUCUGGAAAGCAGACAUGUCCGUCCAAAACCUACAUUGAAAUCUUAAAGUCUGAAAAUUAUGUUAAAGGAAUGUCAAACAAAACUUGGCCACACGAAGAAAAGAAAGAGGAGAUAGAUGAUGAUAUCGAGAUCAUUGAAGAUGAGGAGGAUGGUCUAGAAAACAUGGAUGGCAUGAUAGAGGAUGUAGUGGCAAGGAUGACCAAAGUCAAGCAUAUAAAGGGAAAGCUCUUAUCUUUUUGUGAGAAUCGAAGACCUGCAUAUUGGGGCACUUGGAAUAAAAAUAGUUCUUCAGUAUCUGCUCGACGGCCUUUUGCAAAAGAUAAAAUAUUUGAUUAUGAGUAUGACAGUGAUGAUGAUUGGGAAGAGGAGGAAACGGGCGAAAGCUUAAGUGACUCUGAAGGUGAAGAGAAGGAGGAGGAAGGUGACGGGGACCAGUAUGAGGUAGACAAUGACUUUUUUGUUCCCCACGGCUACUUGUCAGACGAUGAAGGCAGGUCGGAUGAAGAGGAUGCCCAAGCUGAAGCUGUGUCUGAGGAUGAUGAUAGCAAGAACAAAGAGAAACUUAAGCUAAAGCAAGCAGAAUUUGAGGAGGAGAUGAAGAAGAAAACAAAGACUUUAAAACCACGUGUCAUGGGGUGCUUAUGGAUGGCAGAUAAAAACAACAAUCGAGCAUAUGAUCAACUUUUAAAGAUCUUGAGCCCACACAAGGCAGUAAGACUCUGCUCCCAGUUGCCAAUUGGUACCAGGUAUGGGGGAGUGCAGCUUGCAGAUAACAAAGACAAGCCAGAAGAUGAGGCUGCUGCUGAUGACAAAAAUGGUGCAAGGCUAAAAUAUUUUAAGACAUUCCCUGAAGAAGCUGUUCCAUCACUAAUUCGGUUGCUUCAUGGAAAUCGCAAUGGUAAAGUCUUCCUCUCCCGGGAGUUUCCAGAUUUCUGGAGGAACAAAGAAGUAGAGGGCAAUGUAGAGAAUAUGAGUAACCCAAAGACACACAGUGGGUAUUUCCUUGCGAGGAAAAAGGUGGAGGCAAAAAUCCAGGAGCUUGGACGUUGGAGGAAGUGUCCAGAUGAAGGUCCAUCCCACAAGGUUAUGAUGUGGUAUGUUCCUAAGGAAAUAAGAGAUAAGCAUGGUCUUGAAGAGUUGUCUGUACCUAACACUUGGAAUUACAUCAACAAACCAAAAGAACGGAGAGACAUAAUUCAAGAUGAUGUCGAGGCUAUUGAAGAGGGAUCUAAGGUGCCAAAGACUAAAAAAUUAAUCCCUAUAACUGCAUUUGCAAAAAAAAUCCCUCAGUCUCCUGUUACCACUACUACCUCGCCUACUUCUUCCACCAAUGCUAUAUCCCAAACUCCAGACACAGACAUAAGUUGCAACCCAGGCAUGUCAAGAUCACCACCAUCAGCUGUGUCAGCCGAUUCUACUUCCCUUACACCACCUUCAUCGACCCUCAUACAGACUCCAUUGGGAAAGACCUCAUCUGGUCAAUCUAAGAAGAAAAUUGCAUUUAUAUCUCUGCCUCGGGAGCAGGAGACAGCCACUGCCACUGCACAACAAGCCUCUUUUGUUUCCUUCUUCAAGAAAUCAGAAGGGUCUUCUAAACCUGCAAAUGACUCAAAAAAAGAAAAGUCUCAAGAGCAGGAUAAUGAAGAAAUGGACUGUAUAACUUUAGAUUAGAUUGGCUAAAAAAAAAUAUUUUUGUUACUAAUAAAUUUUAGAUAUUUUAGUGUAUAAUAAAGUAACAUUUCUACAUACUGUAGAUCUACAUAUUAAAUGGAAGUUGAUUGUGAUUAUUUAUAUAAUAUAUAAUUAUAACUUGUAUGUGAGUGUGUGUGUGUGGCUGCUAAACUUUAAAAUUACUGUUUUUCAUACAUGUUUUUUAGGUUUACUAGUGGAGAGAAUUUGUAAAUAAUUAUUCCCUACUUCUAAAACAAUAGUGUGUACAUGCAGACAUCAGUUUCAUAACUUAUUCUUGUUUAUUCUUAAAAAUUGUUUAACUGUAUUCUGGAACUUUAUUAAACAUUGAAGACAUUUUUUCUUAAACACGAUAGCUUUUAUAAUUUAAAUAUUACUUUGAAAUUGAUUUUUUUUAUAUAAAUACAAACUAUAUAAACCAAA